AUGAGCGUCAAAGUCCAGUCCGCGACUGACCCAAAUCUCACUCUUUCCAAGGACCGUUGUGAGCCUGGUUCAGUGAAUAUCCCACUAUGCAAAUGGCCAAAGACAGCGGAGACCACAUCUUCUGAUCCUAAUGAAAUCGCCACAAAGAUUGUGGAUGCAUUCAACUCCUCGCUCAACAAUGGAGACACCAAGGCGAUAGCCAAUCUGUUCUUAGAAGACGGAUACUGGCGGGACCAUCUCGGCAUCGAGAUUGACAAGAGCACGCCUUACCGAUCACCACAAUUUGGAGCCUUCGAUGGUACAGGAGACGUCAAAGGCGUACAAUUCUUUUUCAAUUUCACCUCCAAAACAGGGGUUGGCCAGGGUCUUGCUCGCUUAGCCGAGAAAGACGGACAGUGGAAAAUCUUCACCUUCUUUACGACACUGCGUGACAUCAAGGGCCAUGAAGAAGCUACUUACCAUCGAAGACCCAAAGGUGUGGAGCAUGGUGGGAAACCUGACAGAAAGAACUGGCAAGAGAGGAGAACUGCCGCCAUCAAUUUCCAAGGCAAAGAGCCGACAGUAUUGAUUGUUGGCGCCGGCCAGGCCGGGUUGACGGCAGCUGCCCGUUUGCAAAUGCUCGGAGUCGACACUCUCAUUAUUGAUCGCGAGAACACAAUUGGCGACAAUUGGCGAGGCAGAUAUCACCAACUUGUUCUACACGAUCCAGUUUGGUACGAUCACAUGCCUUAUUUGAAUUUCCCUCCGCAUUGGCCAAUCUUUACGCCCAAGGACAAACUCGCCGAGUGGUUCGAAUCAUAUGCCAAAUUGCUCGAGCUAAAUGUCUGGGUCCAAACCUCGCUGCAAUCAACAUCCUGGGACGACAAGAAGAGAGUAUGGACAAUAACAGUCAAACGGGCAAAGCCGGAUGGUACUACGAAAACUCGCACACUGCAUCCCAAAUACGUGAUCCAAGCCACUGGACACUCGGGCAAAAAGAACUUCCCGUUUCAUCUCAAAGGGCUCUCGGACUUCAAGGGCGACGUGCUCUGCCACUCUUCCGAAUUCAAAGGUGCAAGGCUCGAUGGUAAAGUCAAGAAAGCUGUGGUCGUCGGCUCAUGUAAUUCCGGGCACGACAUCGCUCAAGACUUUUAUGAGAAAGGGUACGACGUGACACUUGUUCAGCGAUCAACAACGUGCGUCAUCUCCAGCGAGGCUAUUACUGAGACCGGUCUGAAGGGCGUCUACUCCGAGGACGGCCCGCCCGUCGACGACGCAGAUAUUUCUCAAGGCAUUGCAGGUCAAGAUCACGGCGCUGCAGGCGGAAUUCGACAAAAAAAAACGCUUGACGGUCUCGAGAGCGCGGGCUUCAAGACUGAUCGCGGACCCGAGAAUGCGGGCCUGUUUAUGAAAUACUUCCAGCGCGACGGUGGAUACUAUAUUGACGUCGGUGGCUCGCAAUUGAUCAUCGACGGCAAAAUCAAGGUCAAGCAGGGCCAGGAGAUUCAGGAAGUGCUCCCGCGAGGCCUCAGAUUUGCCGACGGCUCGGAAUUGGAGGCUGACGAGAUCAUAUUUGCGACGGGCUACUCGAACAUGAGAACUCAGGCGAGAGAGAUUUUCGGUGAUGAGGUGGCAGACCGCGUAGGAGACAUUUGGGGGUACGAUCAGGAAGGCGAAAUGAGAACCAUUUAG